UAGCACCCAUGGCCAUGGAUUCAGGAGCAAAGAAAAGCCGUGGUCGCCAAAAGAUCGAGAUGAAGAAAAUGAGCAAUGAGAGCAACCUCCAAGUCACCUUCUCCAAGCGCCGAAGCGGCCUUUUCAAGAAGGCCAGUGAGCUCUGCACCCUCUGCGGAGCCCAUGUGGCGCUGGUGGUGUUCUCGCCGGGAGAGAAGGUGUUCUCCUUCGGCCACCCCAACGUGGACGCUGUGAUCGACCGCUUUCUGGGGCGGGCACCGGUGCAGGACUCCGGCACCAUGCAGUUCAUCGAUGCCCACCGCAUCUCCAACGUGCGUGACCUGAACAAGCAGCUGACUCAGGUGAACGAACUUCUGGAAACGGAGAGGAAGCGCGGAGAGGAGCUGAGCCGGCUGAGGAAGGAGGCGCAGGAGCUGAUGUGGUGGACCCGCCCCACUGAGGAGCUGACUGUGGAGCAGAUGGAGCAGUACAAGACAGCAUUGGAGGAGCUGAAGAAGCACGUUGCCCAACUUGCUGAGAGGGCAAUGCUUCAGAGUGCUGUGAACCAGGGUCAUCAGUUUUUCCCAGGGGCUUCUUCCUCUGCCAAUUUCGUGCCUCAGCAUCAGCCCCAGCAUCAGCUUCAGCCACAGCCUCCUCAGGUGUUCACUGCUCAGACCAUCCCUACCAUGCUUCAGAGCUAUAUGUUCCCUGAUGUAACCAUCAUGCAGCAGCAGCAUCACGGGUUCGAUAACAUGGGGAUGGGAGGAUAUGGACCUGGACCUGCUCCUGCUGGGGGGUUUUUCUGAUCCAUUCAAUGGAUCCAUGGUCAUGAUGAUGCCCUUUCGUUUUCUAGAUUUCCUCUUGUUUUUCAAGCUUGGAAUUCUUCUUUCGUGUUGUUUUUCUUUCAGUAGGUAGUUCCAUUAUGUAUGUGACAUAGUUAGCACUGGAAUAGGGUUCGGAUAUCGAAGACAUGUCUUGAACCAUUAUCUUGAACGUCAUGUAUUGUUGGAUCGCAGUCCCUCAUAGUAUUUGUUUCAGAGUUGGGUCUGUAGUGUUGUGUUCAUUUCAGUUAAUUCAAUA